ACGACGAAAAAGAAGCGUCAGCCGCUAUGGACGAUGGCGUCUGACGACAGCAACACGUCGUCCAGCGAUGACGAGGCAUCCGGCAGUGACGCGUGCGCUAAGUCUCGCGGGUCCGCCGCGGCGACCUGCCCUUCUCCGACGGAGCUCCUGCAGUCGACGCGCGUAGCCGUGCUCUGCAAUACGCUGGCUGUGGGCACCUUCUGUCUACUCGCCGCGGCACUGCUCAUAGCCGCUGUCAACAGACAACAGGCAGCAGCGGCGGCGGCGGCAACAGCAGCACAGCCCACGACAUCGCCCAGCGAAGAGGCGGUCGAACGUCGCCGUGCCACCGAGAAGCACAGGCCGUCCGACGCGCCCGUUGUACCAGCCAGUGCCAGGUUCGUGUGCGUGUACCGAGAUCGCGUCGGGCAGCCGGGUCUGAACGUCCGCGGCUUCCCGUACGCGUACUGUCACCACUUGGCGUACUGCUGCCUGAGUGUGCUGCCAUCUCAGGGAGACCGAGCUGCCCUCGAAACAUUGGCGCAGCUCGGUGCCGCCAUGGGAGGGACGCCUUUCUCAGUCUCCGUCAUUGUCGGCGGCUCCUCGACGGAGGACCCGUACUUGCUAGCGCUGCUGCUUGACACAGAGAGCGUGCAGCGGUUGGUAGAGCGUUUGGCGCUCUUCAACGGGAAUGGCGACGAAGGCGGAGCAACAUCGUCGUCGCUUUUUUCCCGCGUGUACUUGCACUGGAAGCGGCCACAGGAGCGGUACAAGGUGGCGAUCACUCGACUCGCCGAGGCACUUCGGAGUCAGCUGAAGCCGCACUCACUGCGUCUGGGUCUGGUUGUCGACGGCGACAGCGACGUGGCAGCGGCGUUCGACUUUCCCAGGCUCCUGGAUGUGCUUGGGGACCGUGGACUGCUCGUGGCGCCGCAGUCGUGGUCUGCGCCGGUCCCGGAGCGAGGCGGACACCACAGCGUCGAGACACUCUCUCGGCACGCGAGUCUGCGCCGCCUCAGCGAAAAGCACAGCGACCGCGUUUGUCACGCGCUUAGCGUUGCCGCUGUGGCCGUCAACGGAUCCGAGGCAACGAUCGAUACUUCCUACGGCAGCGUGUGCAACAUGAACUUCACCAACACUUACAGCCACGGACAUGCCACCGUCGGGGUAACCGCUUUCGGUGACACCAUCUCCUUCCUGAAGCCGGCUCGUGCCCGCCAGUUCGCGGCUGCGCUCUGCAAACGGGCCAAGACCGACUGCGUCGCCUUUUGGGACCCAGAAUGCGACGACUACGCAGGAAGAUGCGACGGCCCGUCUUUUCCGCUCAUCAAGGCUGUCGUCGGGACACCCGUCGCCUGAAGCCAGCCUCGAUUCUUCGACCCCACUUUGUCAGACGUGGGCAAGCUUGGGGCGACAUUUAUAGAUUACAUUAGCAGACUCCGCCUUGCCACAGAAGCACCUUUCCGUUGCCUGACGCGCCUGCUCGCCAAGGUGCGCUGCGCUUGCAACAAAUCGCCAGGAAGCGAAGAGAGGUCGAAACUUUUGAAAUCGACGCCCGCUGGUGAGCGGACUCUCUUGGUAGCCCCCGAAAAGGCGUUACGGCCAAUGCCAAUGUACGGCUUGGGAGCGCGCGCGCGUUCUCGGAGAAUCUAAAGCACCUCUUUUUGAAAGCCUCUAUCGCUCUCUGCAUGGCCUCCGCGAUUAGGUGAGUCAGCGGGCGUACAUGUCUUGGAGGACAUGUUUCGUUACGGCUCUCUGUCGUCUGCCGCAUGACCGCAUAUGCGCUGCGGAUGUAGUCGAAAUCGUCUGUAUAGUCUGUGGACUGCGGUAGGCAUCGGAAAGGAGUCACGCGUGGCUAGGCAGUUCAGCGAACGUACUUUAAUCUAGAAGAGUUGGAAGCAGGGCGUUGGGCACAUAGAACGUCAUUGUGCCUUCGUUUGGUGACAUGUUGAAAGCUACCGCGGGCUUACGUUUGAUUCAUUUUGCGAUUGAACUAAACGCUACUGCGAGCGAACGCGGGUGCCACGCAGGCUUUUUCUAUGAUAUGUCGCCACACUUAAGUUUCGAAAUGAUUUUACGUAA